CCUUACUAAUCCUAUUGAGGCAAAGAAAAAGCCUCGCUUACUAACAAAUUGAGUUCUGCAUUAAAUUGAGUUGUAGUUAAAUGAAAACUCAGCUUCAUUGGGAUGAAAAUAUUUUUCUUUUCCCGUGGACCAACAACUAUGGCUUCUUAAAAAAUACUUAGAAAUAAGAGUAUUAACUAGCCGCAAAGAUCUUUGCCAUUUACUGUUCGUAUAACAUGUUUAACUUUUUAUCUUUUGGGAUAUUUUAAUUUUCACGAUAUAUACUAUUAGUGCAUAAUUUGGCCUUGUUACUAAAUUUUGUAACAUAAUCUGAUAAUUACAAUGAUGCCACUUUUUGUCGUUAAUAUCUUCUGCCUAUGUUAAGUGAUCUGUUCUGACUAUUUUUUUUCUGUCCUUAAUUCUUUCCAUUGACGGUGUUUUUCUGGGUUUAUUGUUCAAUAAAAUCCAGACACUUUCUCUCUGCUUCUGGUGCCUCUGUGGUCAUAUAGCAAUUGAAAUAUAAAUAGAGCAUCUUUUUGCAAUCUUGCUGUGUUGAAAAGCUUCUUUUCUGUCUUAUGUAUCAAUGAUGAAUUCAACCACGUGGAUUAAGUAGAGGUUGGACAGUGGGUGGCACUCAGAUUGACUUACAUGAUCCACGACUUCUUGCAAUGGCUGCCGCUGAACGCCGUCUUCUAGACGCUGACUAUGAUGAAUAUGCUGAUUCAAAUGCUAGUGGAGCUGCAUUUUGUCGUUCUGCUGCUUUAAUAUUAAUGGCCCUUCUGUUAUUGAGGCAUGCUCUGACCAUUGGAAAUGCUGAUGAGGAUGAGGAUGAUGUUUCCGUUUUUUUCUCCCUUUUCCUACUCCGUGCUGCCGGUUUUCUUUUACCUUGUUACAUUAUAGCUUGGGCUAUCGGUAUAUUGCAGCGUCGCAGGCAAAGGCAGUAGGCAAGUGGUUAUAUACAUUGUGGAAGUUACUGAAUGGCCAUCUUGAGCAUGAGAAUGACAUCACUACUACUUUCAAUAUGCAAGUUUUGAGGUUCCGCUGUGAUUUCAGGACUCCAUUUUCACUACUGGUUAAGUUGAAUUAAUAAGGAUCAGAGAAUGUCAUUUUGUCAUGAUAAAAAAUUAUGGAAACUAAUAGCAGGUUCAACAUUUGAGAAUAUUGGUUGUGUUCGACUUGCAGUGUAACCAACAUUUGGGUCCCGUUUCUUGUAGACACUUAAAAGUUAUAUGUAGCAUUUUUCCUUACUAAUUACAUGACUCAUCUAAAGGUUAGU